GCUGCGGUCGAUACACCCCUGAAAAUCUGGGGGGAAAUGGCGCGUCGUCCUGUGCUUCUUUUCUACAGUCUUCUCCUGAUACCCUCACUGCUGAGGGUGCUAGCCUGCACAAGCAAGGACGUAAACAGGAUAGCUGACGUGUUAUUGGAGGUCCAGGAUUGGAAGGGGCUGGCUUCGGAGCUGGACAUCAAGAUUGGGGAUCAAAACGCGAUCAGCUCAAACUGUAGAGAUAACGAGGCUAAGUGCCACAGGCGAAGUCUCGUACAGAAGUACUGUGACGCUAGUGGACUAGCAGUAGAGGUAGUGGCAGAGAAUAUUGCGCAGGCGCUGGAGUCGAUGGGGCACAAGAAACAGGCCAACAUCAUAAAAAAUAUGUUUCCAGCCGGGGCAGAGCACAGGUAAUGAGCGACCACAUAGUGAAAGAGUAUCAAAACAGCCACAUGCCAGGAAUAGUGAAGGAGAACCAAGCAAUGGCCCCGAGUCUCAGUCACAACCGCAAUUCACUUUCAUGGAUAAGGCACUGGAGUCACCAUGGUAUAUGGUGGCAGGACUAGCAGCGGCGGGGGUGGUUUUUUGGGGUUCUUUUACGUCGUUGCACCAGAGCACAGAAAAGGAGUACUCCCAAACGCACUCUACCCUCCAACACAAACCCUGCCCCAGCAGCAAAGUUUGAGGAACAAGAAAUUGAUCCUUCAAGCACCGAGCGGCAUCAUACCACCAAUUUUUCACAAGCCACUGUCCGCCAACGCCCACAAAGAAAGUUGAUCCCCUGGACGACGCUGUCUUUGAUGAGCAAGUGACAGGUGGUUAUCUCAUACUCAUCAAGUAUAACGACAAUGGUGUUGAAAAAAAACUCCGAAUCAAGAAACAAAUUGCUCCAAAGUGGGGAGAUUUGGCAUCACUUUUGGGAUUUCUUGAUCCUGUAAAAGACACUAUUAGGAAUAGUAACCACUACCAGGAUGAUGCUUGCACUGACAGAAUGCUGACAACCUGGAUGGAGAAAGAAGAGAACCACACCUGGCGUAAACUCAUCCUGGGAAUGAGGGAAGCUGAGCUUGGCAGUGCAGCACCUGACCUGGCCAAGGCUCUGAGAAAUAGAAUGAACUGAGAGCAUGUUUUCAGGGUCGUCGAGUAUUAUGAUAAUUAGUAGGAACUAGUUGCAGGUCCCUGGUCUGUUGCUUCUCUUUCACAGAAGCAUUGUACAUAAGGUUUGGCAUAAAAGUUCUUCGCGCACACUAUAAUCAGGGGGGUAAGCGCGUAUUUAUUUAGCGCCCAUAAGUCAACGAUGAUGAUGGGAAAACUACCUUCGACGGUUUUGUGGUCGGUUCUGUUCUGGCUGAGCCACUCCCUGUGUUUUGUAGGCAGCCUAACCGAGGAUCUGUUUUCGUGUCGCAACCUGUCCGACGCACACUACCAAUACCUAAAGCCUCCCGGAGAAUCCGUCACCCUAGCCUGCCCCAAGAACUGUAGCUCCGGGGAGACGCUGUGGUACCAUUCGUACGUGAAGAAAACGGCUACGGCGGCCGCGGGAGGGGGCCUCGAUCUGCUGGCGUGGAGCGGAUCCAGCCACGAGGCCGCCGUGAGAGAGACCCCGAGUCAGGGUAGCGUCGGCUACUUCUGCUGCGCGUGUGAGGAGGAGGAGGACCCGGCUAGGGACGGCUGCUGCUGGGGAGUGGCCUACCAGCCAGUUGUGAAUAUGACCAUCACAGCUAGUCAGGGCUGGACACACGAGGACGAGACCAUCGCAGUUCCCGGGGCUCGCCUCUCUCUGAUCUGCGAGGCCCGUGGCUACCCCAACAUCAGCAUAUCCAUCUCCCCUCCUCCCUCUGGAGCUAACGACAGUCUGUCUGUGGCUCACCACUGUAGAGAGAUAGUCCGGAGUUGGUACUCGACUGUGGUGGUGUGCAACUGGACAACCGACACUCAGCAAACUGGUCACUUUACCUGUAAUGGUACCAUUUGGCUGGACAGUGCAGAUAAUAAGAUUGUCCCCUACCUCGAAACUGCUUCACAGCAACUCUCAAUAUGCAAUGUUCCGUCAUUGGUGCGUCUCUACCAAGCCUCGUCUCUGGAGGGGCCUCAGUUGGACCUCAAGUGUGAGAUUGACUGCUGUCGGGUCUCCACCACCUGCUCCGUCUCGUGGUACUUUGAGGGAGAGGAGAUCGACACGAGAGACUCUAGAUUCAGCAUCAGUACGGAGGACGAGGGAUUGGUACACGUGUUGUCGGUGGCCAAUCCUGGUGUGAGAGACUUGGGGAGGUAUUUCUGCGUCCUGAGAUCUCCUCUGAGGGAUGCUCCAGACAAGGAAACAGUCACCAUCACUUACCCUGGUGUAGCUGCUCCCACGCCAGUGAGACUGCCUCCCGGUCCUGACAAAGACAGGACAUCUACCACAGUGAACACUAGUCUGGUGGCUGGGUUCAUGUGGGUCACCAUCUCUGGAGCAGUGAUUGCUGCCAUAGCAUUCGCAGUCAUACUCCACAGGACAAGGCAGCCAGCGGUUGUAGAACAGGGAGUGAAAGAGUAUGGGGAUGAAGUGGGACUGGUGGUGAGAUCCAGGGAACCAGAUGAUGAUGUAGAGAGAGACAGCGUCAGACACAGAGUCUCCGAACAGACUCUCCCCAACGAUAGCGAUUCAUCAGAUUGACAAUAAAUAUUUUUUACCGAGUGAUAAAUGAUCAUAAUAUUGAAGAAAUUUGACAAAACUAUUAUAAUAUAGAUGACCGACUCCUUACUCUGUUCAAAAUGUAUAAAUUGGGGUGGCUUCUUGAUGAUAUAAUAAUACAUGAAGUGAUAUUAGCUUGAUACCGGCUGAUAUAAUAAUAUGGACAGUGUGCUUGAAAACAAUGUCGGGUGAGGGAAAAUUGAGAUUUUAAAAUGGUCUUUCUUUACAGCGUAGUGGUGCUACUUGCUUUGCUGGCAUGGGUGGUGGUCGAUCGUUUGUUGUGGAA